AUGGGCUGGUGGUCUCGAUCAAGUCCUCAAAAGGACACCAAUAAUGAAACACAACCAACGAACCCACCCGAGGUCCCGCCACAAGCUCCGCCUCCAAAGCAGUUGACCCCCGAUCAACAAGCCGAGCUGGAAUUCAGCCAGAUCCUGGCUGAUCUGCGCGCGGAGGAGGAUACAUUCCAGCAGAAACUACAACAACAGAAAUCGGACCCCAAUAGCCCCGAUCAACCCUCAUCAGCCAUUGCACCCGAUUCCCUCUACCAAGAUUCCAUGUCCUGUCGUCAAGCCUUCGACUAUGCCUUUUUCUGCCAGUCCUUCGGAGGCCAAUUCGUCAACGUUUAUCGAUACGGAGAAAUGCGAUCGUGCAGUGAGCACUGGGAUAAUUUUUGGCUCUGUAUGAAGACCAGAGGAUGGGGAGAUGAGAUACGGAGGAAAACUAUCCGGGACCACAAUCGCAAGAAGGCUAUCAAAUAUAAGACUGGUCCUAGCAGUGAGGAUAUCUGGGAUGUUCGUCUCGAGCCGGCUCAAAACGCUUUCCAGGGAGACUUUGCUGCGCUGGAACGGGAGAUCAAGGCAGAAGAAGAAGCAGCACAAAAGGCAAAGGCUUGA